AUGAUAAAUUGUUUGAAGAAAGAGAACAUUGAGUGGAUUGCAAUGAUUAUGUGUAGAAUAUGGUUGAGGAGGAACAUACUUAUCUUUGAAAACAAGUUCUACAGUCCUAAACAAGUCAUUCAGAUGGCUAAUGAGGGACUGGAGGACUACAAGUCUGCACAAAUGAGCUCAACUGGUAGUCGAGAAGCUGUUGUUUCUCAUGGAUUGCAGAAGAAGUGGAAAAAACCUGGUCUAGAUGUGGUUCAGGCAAAUUGGGAUGCGACUCUUGAUAUGGAGAAUAAGAAAAUGAGGGUGGGGAUUGUUUUUCAAGAUGAAGAGGGGGAGGUACUGGCUUCAGUUUGUGAUGUGAAGCAACAUGUUGAUAAUCUUGCAGUGGCUGAAAGUAUGACUUUAUGGAGAGCUAUUGAGAUGUGUAGAGAACUAUCUUUCUCCUACUCCAAAGUGAUAUUUGAAGGGGAUGCAACUGUUGUUAUCAAUAGGAUAAAUAAGGAAGGUGAAGACUAG